AUGAAGGGGUACAUUGAAUUCCACCAAGGACAGCUGUCAUUUACUUUGCAAAUUCUUCUAGCAGAGGGCGAGGGCUUCCUUAGCCGAUGGAAGGAAUGCUACCGUUUUCAGUAUCGGUAUUAUGUUAUUCCUGUUCGUGUUUUGUUUGUGGCAGGUCACAAGAACUCAGACAUGGCCGGUAUAGAAAUCGCAAAGAACCUAUAA